AUGGAAUCACAUGAUUUCGUGCCCCUGAAACACCAGGCGGCCGGCCAUGACGGCUGCAUGACUGCAGGGGCAGUAUUUGCCAAACUCACAACGCAACAAGAGAUCGACUUCUAUGAACAGACUCUUAGCUCCAACGAGAUCCUAGAUCAGGGCGCCCAUUUGAGCCACUGGAUGCCCACGUACAUGGGCACUUUGAACGAAGGUGUUAUUAAGCCCGAGAAUGCUGACGUCACGACGAUGGUGGCGGACGAUGUGAAGACGAUAGAGGAAGUAGAGAAGAAAACACCCAAGAGCGAUAAAAAAUAUGUCGUGUUGCUGAACUUAUACCAUGGAUUCUCGCAGCCUUCCAUUCUAGACAUCAAGCUUGGAAAGGUUUUGGUGGAUGAUACUGUCACAGAGGAGAAAAGAGAACGGUUGGCUGCUGUGAGUGCAUCGACUACUAGUGGAUCUUUGCACUUUCGUAUCUGUGGCAUGAAGCUCUUCAAAAGCAAUGACAAGCCGCUUCCUGAAGUGUAUCCAACGAUGAACGAAACAAUCGCUGCCCAAGAUGAUAGCAUACAUUUCAAUAAGUUCUAUGGGCGCUCGCUAGAUACAUCCAACAUCGAAAAGGGCAUUGCCCAGUUUUUUGCAUUCGUGGAGAACCCCACGCAGAAGGAAAGGCUUCUCACACGCUUCCACCAGCGUCUUCAGCUCCUAUAUAACUGUCUUUUGGACUCAGAAGUCCGAAUCAUUUCAGGCUCGCUCUUUUUCUUGUUUGAGAACGAUCCAAAACGUUGGAAGGAAGCUCUACAGGACGAAGAAACAUACUUUGCAUCAGAUCCUCUAAUCCAGGAAUUAGACGAUGAAGAUAGCGAUACCGAAUCGACGGACAUAGGUAUUCCCCUAAGCAGCCUACAUGUCAUUGACUUUGCACACGCUAAACAUACACCUGGCAAGGGUCCAGAUGAAAACAUUAUUGUGGGGGUUGAAAACCUUAUCGACAUCUUUGGUCGCCUUCUAGAAGCUUGUAAAUAA